AUGGAUACAACACCCCCUUCUCAUAGAUCAAACCCCAACUCUCAAGCAAAAUCGGCCUCUCGUUUGUCAAGAAUCACAUACUCUAUCGAACCUGAAGCACAGACUCCACAACUAUCUCUAGACCCUAUCACUUCAUCGCCGAAGAAAACUCCAUCAACCCCUUCAGGUCUCCCUCUUCAAGAACUUCUCCUUCUCUCACCAUCUCCUUCAAGAAAAUCAAGAACCCGUCUCGCUGACCGGUAUGAGAUGCCAGAGGAGGGUGUUUUAGAGCAAAAUGGGUCUAGAAGGAGGGGCAAAAGUAGAGGAUCUCAGAAUGGUUCUUUAGGUUGUGCUUCACCGAGGAGUAGUAGAAGGUUAAGGAGGAGGUUGGAGGUGGAGAGUAGGGAAGAGAGGGAUUUGAUUGGUUUGGUAGAUGAGGUUGGCAAAGUGAGGAAAAGAAGACACAGCGGCCGGUCUAAGAAGGAGAAAGAGAAGCUCUCUUUAGUCCCUUCAUUGACUUCUUCAAGUUCUACGCCAAAAGUUGAUGAAGGUGAUGGGAGCAAUUUGGAUAGGAUUGGAAUGGUUGUUUAUGAUCUGAUAAUGUGGAAGGAUGUGGCAAAAUCAAGCCUUUGGUUCGGUCUUGGAUGUCUAUGUUUCCUGUCUUCUUGCUUUGCUAAAGGGAUUAACUUUAGCAUUUUCUCCGCCAUUUCACAACUCGGGCUUCUGUUUCUGGGUGCAUCUUUCUGCUCACAUUCGAUAUGCCAAAGAAACAAUGUUGAAAAGAGACGAAAAUUUAAGCUGACGGAAGAGGACAUUUUGAGAGUGGGUAGAUUGAUACUGCCACCUGCAAAUCUUGCAAUUGCAAAGACAAGAGAGCUUUUCUCAGGAGAGCCAUCCAUGACCCUCAAAGUAAUUCCAUUCUUGCUUGUUGGUGCUGAGUAUGGUCAUCUUGUAACUCUGAGGAGGCUUUUUGCAAUUGGGUUUUUUAGUAGCUUCACCAUACCAAAACUAUAUGCUUCCUAUUCUAGUCAGAUAAACCAGAAAGUUGAGCAAAUGAAAAGCAGAAUGUUGGAAGCAUGGGGAGCUUGUUCUCACAAAAAGAUUGUAGCAGCAUCAGCUGUGACAGCCUUCUGGAAUCUGUCAAGUGUCAAAACCCGGAUUUUUACUGGUAAUUGUCCAGAAUUGCUCAGUUUUGAAUAUUAUGCAGAAACUCAAUAG